AUGAAAUGGUGCGGCAAGUUUUACGUUGAUUUAGCCUUUCCAUUCGUUCUCCUUUCAGCCCACUAUAUCUUUAAUUGUGUUUAAGAUGUUAGUGAAACGGAUAUUAGUUAACAAUUGUAAGGUAAGGUCCCCAGUUUGCUUCAUUACUUAGACGAUUUCAUAACGGCUGCCCCCCCCCCUCCCCCUACUCCCCUCAGUGUGUACAGAACCUUAGUACUGCGCUAUUGGUUUGUUAUCGUUUGGGCUUACCUCUCCAUCCCGGCAAGUUCGUGGGGCCUACUUUAGUGCUAACUGUCCGGUGCAUCGAUUUAGAUUCCCUUGCUCAGGUGGCACGUCUCCCUGAAGGAAAGCUGCAGGCUUUAAAGGAGCUGAUUCUUUAG